AUCUCAUGGGUUUCAUUCUGGAUCGACCGACGAGCCGUCCCGGCACGGGUAUCGCUAUCUUUUACCACUUUGCUAACACUAAGCACACAGGGUAAUGGUAUAAGAUAUGCUCUACCAGCAGUCUCUUAUGCCAAGGCUAUAGAUUACUUUUAUGGAGUAUGUAUGCUGUUCAUCUUCGGUGUACUAUUGGAAUUUGCAAUGGUUAACAGUUACAUGCGUAAGGCUAACAAAUACAAUCAUAUGGCUGAGAAGCUGCAGAGCGGCUACAACAAUGGUAGCAAGCACAUUAUCAUUCCAACCGAUUAUGAUUCUGAGUAUGAAGAGGGCCCAGCAAAAUACUAUCCACACAUGAACAAAAAUUGCGCACACCUUAUGUACAAAGCUUUGCGUUACUCUCGAAGAGCAUUAGCAAUAGAUAAGGCAGCAAGAUUUGCUUUUCCA